AGAUGACCUAAAUAUUCGACCUUUCGUUUUUUUUUCUGAUUUUUUCCGUGUAGUGUUCAUCUGCGUGUUUAUCAUUCGCUCGUCAUUUUGACAACCAGCGCGCCUUUGCCGUUGCUUUUUGCUGUGCGACUGAAAAGUGCGAGCAUCGUUUCCGAAUUUUUGCGAAAAAGUUGAAUUUUUUACCGAUAAAUACUGUGAAAAGUGCAGAAAAUAUUCGUGGAAUAGGUGCCAGCAAGUGUGAUAAUCAAACGAAACCUAUAAAGUUGGACGGUGUGCUGAAAACAGCAGCGUGCGAAAUCAACAAUGAGUCUGUCGGAAUCUUCCGCUCUGGUGGACUCGCUUGAGUUUGCCGGCACGAUGCUGGAGCGCCACGAUAUCGCGGAUUGCUCCACUCCCGGACUGCUGGAGGUGACUGGUAUCAAACAAUCGGGAAUGGCAACCGCCAGUGGGCUGAACGACUAUGAUUACCAGAACUUAUCCAGCCUGUCGUUGGGGUUAAAAAAUCUGAACCAGCUUGCAACGGUGAACAAGAUUCCCAUUCCGCCGGAAAUAAUGGAGCAUUUCAAACAUAUAAAAUGCCACUGUAUGAUGGGACUUUUUCCUGAAAUUGGUCGUGCUUGGUUGACUAUUGAUUCGGACAUUUAUAUCUGGACCUACGAGCAUACGAGAGACGUUGCUUAUUUUGACGGAUUGUCACACUUGAUAGUCAGCGUAGGACUGGUCGUCCCAAAACCAGGGGUUUUUAUAUCCGACGUCAAGCACCUGUUGGUGCUGACCACCCCGAUCGAAAUCGUCAUUCUAGGGGUAACCUUCGGCGAUUCGAAUGCUUCUCCUAAUCGGUCGAUAACCUCCUCGAUCGAGGAAAUGCAGCUGUUGAACAAACCGAUUUUUGUUUUGAACACUGAUAAUGUUGCAAUUACGUGCAUUGAAGGAACAUCGGAUGGGCGAAUAUUCUUAGGUGGUCGAGAUGGGUGCUUGUACGAAAUUUCCUACCAGGCGGAAUCCAAUUGGUUUGGCAAGCGUUGCAAAAAGGUCAAUCACUCGCAAGGACUGAUGUCCCACUUGGUUCCGGGGAUAUUCAAAGUAUUUUCGGAAAAUGAUUCAAUAUCCAAGAUAACGAUCGAUAACUCUCGUCGAUUACUGUAUGCCUUGACCGAGAAAGGAGCAAUCGAGGCUUGGGACAUCGGUGUCGAUGCUAAUUCAGUGAGACGCAUUGCAAGAAUAUCACAAAAUGAUGUUGCCUCCAGCGCAGGAAAUAUUCUCCGUACAAUUGAACCAUCCGUUUUUAGGCCAGUAACGGCUUUGUGUCCUUUAUCGCACGAGGACUCGCCUCAAGUCCAUUUGAUUGCUAUCACGCAAACCGGAGUUCGGUUUUACUUUUCAACGGUCCCCGUGUUGUUCAGCAUCCAACAACAGCAACUUCAGCUACAGCAGCAGCAACAACAACCGCAACCAGGAAUGUCUACAUUUGACCAUCAACAACGUCCUCAAGGCCUGUAUCUUCUGCAUGUACGACUUCCUCCAGGAUAUACUCCAAACACGACCGUUGGGAAGCCGAAGCAAGUUCAUUCAGCAUUCUAUAGCCAAGGAUCGUUACUGAUGGUAUCGACACCUCAACCGGAUCAGGAUCUGCUUUGGUCGCUCAGUUCGGAACCCUUCCCAUCGCGACAAAACCUGGUGGAAUCCUCCACCGUUAUGACCAUGGACGGCCAGGUGUGGGCCAUUGCGGAAGUCAAGCCAAAAGACAAGGUCACCGUGGAUACGCCCCUUAGGGCCGCACAAGUUCCCAAGAAGGUUGCCCUCCUGACCAACCAGGGAGUGCACAUAGUGUCCCUGUUGAAGUCCGUGGACAUAUUGCAACAGCUGCUGCUGGCUUGCCACGGUCCUCACAACGAAGCGGUCAAGGCUUACUUCCAGGUGCAGUCGGAACCGCAAGCCUGUGCUACCAGUUUGCUGUUGGCGUGCAUCGAAACAUUCAAGGGAACGGAACUGGGCGAGUGGGCUGCACAGGCUUUCAUUUUGUAUGGCGGGGAACCCUACUUCGAUGUGGGUGCCUACAUGGGUGGUCAUUCGGCCGCUGCCAGACCGCUGAGUUUUAACUCACCUGCUGCUGGAUUCGGUGAUAACCAGCAGGGAGGACCCCGGAUGUACAUGUCCACUCCUUUCUCCGCUUCUCGACCAGCUUCGUCAGUGCAGCAGAGCUUAAUGCAACAAACACAGUUCCCAAAUAGUCCAAUGCCAUCGGCCAUGAACCACAGUUUCAACAACAACCUCCCGCUAACGGCGGAUUCCUCCAACUUCCAUUAUUCGGCCAAACAUGCGGGACUAUAUCUGCACAUGUCCCGCCUAUUGCGGUCUAUUUGGCGCAAGCGAUGCAUCGAUGACAAACUACACACGACCAUCAGCCAGCAGGACUGUGCUCAAAUCCUAGAAGACCUGUUUGCCAUAAAACGCUUUCUGGAAUCGAUUACGCUGACAAAUUUGGUCGGACUGGUAGGCAAAAACAUGUCCAAUGCUGGUAGCAUGAGUGCUGGCCCAGGUGGUUAUCUCCAGCAACAACAACAGCAGCAGCAUCAUCAACAACAACAGCAACACCAUCAGCAGACCAUGUCCGGGCUGGGUAUGCAAAGUCCUUAUGGGCAACAGCAGCCACCUCAUUUCGGCAGUCAGAGUGCCUUCUCUGGGGUACCAGGACAACAGAAAAGCUCCGCAGAGGACGCCCUGGUGGAGGAAAAGAAGUCGCUCGAUGCGUUGACACGAUUGAUAAAGCACUCCUGUGAAGUUCUGACACUUUGGAAGAUCCUGUGCGAACACCAAUGCCACCAGUUGGUAUCGAAACUGACCAAGGAUCAGCAGGCCAUUUUGCAGUCGUGCACCUUCCGGGAUCUAAUUUUGUCUCGGUCGGAUCUAUGCGGUUUGCUGAUUGUGGCACUGAUCAACUCGUACCUCAACGAUAACGCCAGUGUCGGUUCCAUUUCAUCCAAGCUCCGUGAGGUGUGUCCCAAUCUGUAUCGCCAUGAGGACGCCGUCUCGCACAAGGCCACAGAGAUUCUGCUCCUGUCCAAAACGUGCAACGAUCCGGACGAGAAAAACGAACGAUUGCGAACGGCGCUUCAACUGUGUAAAAGUGCUGCCCCGAAUUUACCGUUGACGUCGAUUUGUCAGCAAUUCACCACCGCGGGAUUCUACUCGGGAGUCAUAGAGCUGUGCUCGAUUUGUGCGGCCAAGAGUGAUCCCAGUGAGGCGGCACUACAUUUCUAUCGCAAUAACGAACCCGUUGAAGACCAGGAAGGGUUUAUGGCGUAUCAGAGUCGCAUGAAUUGCUACAGGGAGAUAAAAUUGAUGCUCGAACACGUCUAUACAAAUGUCUUGAACAGCAAAGGUGGUAGCAUCUAUCCCUCGUUGGAGAGUGCGGAUCGGGAUAAGCUGGCAAAUAAUCAGCUGAUUUCAAUCAUAAGUUUGUCACUCCAGUGCCAGGAUCAACUGCUACACAUUUCCGUUUAUGAAUGGCUUCUGUCGCACAACCUGUUGGGCGAGCUGCUUGAAAUUAGCGAACCAUCACUGGGUGCCUUUCUAGGUCGUGCCGUAAAUCGAACCCCGGAAAACUUCGCCCUCGCCGAUCUACUGUGGAAAUACCACGAACGUAACGGUCAACACGCUGCUGCCGCUAAAAUUCUGGACAAGUUGGCCAACAUUCACAGCGAAACUAUGACCCUUCAGCAGCGUAUCGAAUAUCUAGCUCGGGCUGUCAUGUGCAUGCGAAGCGAUACCGUUGGAUAUUCCGCACACAAUGGCGUGCUGCUAAAGGACCUCGAGGAUAAACUGGAGGUGGCACAAAUCCAAAAGCAAGUGCACGACGCCUUGUCGAUCGUACCGAACAAACCUUCCGUUGGGCCAGCCCUGAAACUGCUGAACGCCACGCUCUACAACCUGACUCAGCUUUACUCGGACUUUGCCGAGCGAUUCGAGCUUUGGGAGUGCAAGCUUACCAUUCUCAACUGCUCACACCAUAACGACCCGUUGCUCAUCGAAUCGGUCUGGACGCACAUCCUGGACAAGGAACUCGAACGGCCAGACUCGAACACGGAACGAUGCCGUCGGUUGCUCUCCAAGGUCAAAAGCCUGGCCUUAGAAUACGAAAGUUCCGGUCACUGCUUCCCGUUGCCGUUCAUUGUCCGAGAGCUGGAACUGCGGUGUUUCCGUCUGAAGAUGUUCGAUUCCCCUGUCCCGGAGGCAUUGAUCGAAAUGAAUCUGGACGUGGAUUCCCUGCUGAACAUAUAUUCAAGACUUGUCUCCAUGAACGAGCGAGUGUGGGUGACGGACGACGACGAGCUGUACCUGGUACGUUCAACCGCGAAGCUGCUUUCCCUCGUUGCCUCCCAGCCGAAUCUGGUACCGCUCAAGGAUCGCCGAAAGGUGAUUGCCAAAUCGCAGGACCUCAUAUCGGCUUGUUUGAGCAUCCUGUACACGAAACCGGACGGACAGGCCCACGUAGACAACCUGCGGGAAACGCAAUCGAAGCUGAACCGAAUUCACUGCUAGCUGGCAGUGCGGUAUUCGAUGAACUACGGUAACAGUAGGAUGUAAUUCGGACUAAGCGGUAAGCACUAUUUUGCGUAAUAUAAGUCUGUAGUUGAUUAUUGACCACUGCCCCUGAGGGCACUUGGAGUUUAGUGUAUUACGCCCAAGCACCGCAAGAUACGAUAUUGAAUAUUUCCAAUAUUUCCUUAUGAAAUUGAAAGGCAGCAGUUGGUGUACUAAACUAAACUGCAAGUGCCCUUUACUUUGUUUAGUGCGUUUUUUGUUUGUGUUAACUGCAUAGUUUUCUUUUUGAUUCAUGCAUUAAUAUCAUUAAGAAUGCGAAAAUCGCGUUACAAAUUGAACAGGCAAAUUGUAUACACUACUAAAUGCUUAAAACACAAUUGCGUACUUUCUGUGUUGUUACGAUCGCAGAAAACACCAAAAUUGGGAAACACGUGCCCAGUAAAAACAGCAGAUAACUCGUCUACGUUCACAAAUGUCAAUAAAGUAUUAAAAUACUGAAA